UGCAGACCUACAGCACUACUCGCCCUGCCAGGAUCAUGACCACCUCGAAUUUCCAGGGCUCCUCCUGGGCAGGACAGGUUCUACAUUUUACUUUGGUGUGAGUAGUGAUGGACACGCUAGAGGCCCUUCUGGUCCGGUGAGCUCGUUGACGACUGGUCGACGGUUAGCGCUGGCGUUCGGUUUCGCAAGGAACGCUGAUCUGUCGUGACGAAAAAUGCGCCCAGCCACCUGGUGAUCCGUCCAUCCUUCCCUUGUUAUGUCCUUGGUGUCAGGAUGGUAUGCAACCCACCAGUCUCCUGCUACCAGGCCGUGCCCGCCUCGUCGUGCGGUGUCUGGCCCACUUCGCAUCGAAACCGUUGGUGGCCGACUCGUCAUCCAGCGUCAGACCACAGCCAGGGUUUGCGAACUUUGAUGCACUGGAGCGGAUCUCUCUUGUUCUGGCGUUCUAUUCGCAGCAUCUCUCUAACCAGGUUCUGACAGCGUUCUGCCCCACUGACAUGGGUACCAUGGGUGGGCAUUGAAGGAUGUCCGACCGUGCGUCGACGCUUGCUGUCCUUGUUAGUGGUUUGGGAUGUCUCCAUCCACCGUCAUACCUAAAAGGACAUUAUAUUGCCUCUACACCUCACAAGAACCUCUUCGAUAUCACAACUAGCAUCGCCACUAAACAACCAACCUUCCUCUCUCCACGGACUUCCCUCUUCCUAUAUCUCACAUCUUCUGUUAUAUCUAUUUACUUUCGAGUCCUUCCUUUACUCUCAUCAACACAACUCGACAUCGAUCCUACAACCAUCCUUGACCAUCCAUAAUACCCGGAAGGAACCCAAAGGCCAUACUCUAUUUCCUAUUCUUUCUCUCAACCACAUAAACAUCCGGGAGUGUUUUGUUUGGACCCAUGUUCUGAGCCGGUUGUUCUCUUAUUUGGUCUUUAACGACUACUCCUUUUUCCUAAAGCAAGUACUCGGUACUUUUGGGUUCUCCCAAUAAUGCUCUUGACACCACCACCGUCUCCUGAACUCACGACCUCUCUUGCGCCAGAGGACAGAUUGGGGUGUGUACUUGCCGGCCGAUUGGAACUCGUCUCUGUCCUUGGAGUGGGUGCCUAUGGAGUCGUCUACCGUGCUGUCGACAUCUUGACCAAUAUUCCCUAUGCUGUGAAGGCUCUUCCCAAAUCCGGACUAGAUGCCAGACAGCGGCGGUUUCAACGACGAGAGAUCGCUCUACACCAUCAAGCAAGCCAGCAUCCCAAUGUUGUUUCCUUGUUGCGCAUCUUGGACAGCCCGGACUGCACCUUUGUCGUGAUUGAAUUUUGCCCGGAAGGCGACCUUUUCUCCAACAUCACCGAACACGGCCAUUUCGUGGGCGAUGACCAGCUGGUUAAACAUACGUUCCUGCAGAUCUUGGAUGCCGUCCAGUACUGCCAUUCCGUUGGGAUUUACCAUCGCGAUCUGAAACCCGAGAACAUCCUGGUCACCAACAAUGGAAGUACGGUCAAGUUGGCCGAUUUUGGACUCGCCACCACCGAUGCAGUCACAUCCGACUUUGGAUGCGGUUCUACCUUUUACAUGUCACCAGAAUGUCAACAAACUCCAUCAAGGCCAUAUGCUCGCUACGCUGCCGCGCCCAAUGAUGUUUGGAGCCUUGGUGUAAUCCUGGUGAACUUGACCUGUGGUCGCAAUCCAUGGAAAAAGGCCUCUCCCGAGGAUUCCACGUUCAGAGCAUUCCUCCAGGAUCCCAAGUUUUUGAGCUCGAUCUUGCCCAUAUCUGUCGAACUCAACGUGAUCUUGCGCCGGAUCUUCGAGUGUGAACCACACAAGAGGGUUAGUCUCCAGGAACUCCGGGAGUUGAUCAUCAACUGUCCCAGGUUGACCAUUAACUCCUACAACACUCUGCCUCCGUCACCUGCCGCAUCUCCAUAUGCGUACGUUGAUCCCGUGGAUUGUGCCAACAUGGCUCUGCCACCGUCACCACCUGCAUCGCCUUGUCCUCAACCACCAUUCCACACACAACCCUCGGAAUGGUCUCUGUUUGGCACGACGUCCAAGUCAGGUUCAUCUUGUUCUUCUGUUUCCACGGAUUCCGGGUACGAAUCCGAAAGUCUUUUCAACGACGCUGGCCAGUAUAUGCAACCACCUCCGGUUUUCAAUUUCUACGGCAAUGUUAUUCCGUUGAACAACGAAACCGACAAGCCUACAACCUAUCAUCCUUUUUCUCCACCCGGAUUCAGCCCAGCAGUCGCAACCUAUUAAUAUCCUUUUUUGGUGACUACGCGAACGAUUAUACGUUCAGCAGCGACCGCUUUGAUGUUCUCUUACGACAUUCACGGCAUUUAUGAUCGAUUGGAGUUUUUGUUUUUCCAAAACUGUUUUCAUCUGGAUACCCAGGCGGUUUACGAGACUUUGACCAAUUACCACAUGACUGGAAAGUUCAUCUGGAUCCUUUUUAUUACCGGAAAAAAAAACUAGGAACAAAAUUUGUGUGUUCUAUUUGACCGCACUGGACUUGAGCGUGUUUGAGGAGUUUCACCUAGACGAUGGAGGGAGGGCAUGUUUCCGUGUUGACUGUUGAAUGUGCGCGAGGAUGACGCCGAAGGAGAUUUGUUAUGUCAGCGUUCUGAAGGUUGGGAAUUUUGAAAGAGGGAAAAACAACUCAGAGGCAGAAAAUGGCGCAAGAAGUGGGAUGCUUUGUUGUUGAUUGAUUGUCCCUCAAACCAAGUGCUGGCGAGAGGUGACAUGGGAUUUGGAGAGGAAGUCGUCGAUUUAUUAUUUUCCUUUUGCUAUGUUUACAUGGGUGUCUCGAGACAUCAAAUAAGUUAUCUUGUAUGACCAACCGAGGGAAACAUCUUUCAAGGCUCUCGAAUUGGAGUUGACUUAAGGGCUCUCACGGGGCCAUGUUUGUCUAGUCCUCAGUCGGAUUGUCUGUUUAUCUUGUAGAUAGAUGAGUUCGAGAAGAGACGAAAACAAUAAGAUUCAGGUCUAAAUCCGUA